CAGUUUCAUCUCUCUUUAUAAUCAGAGACUAGUUUUGUUUAUCAUUUCCUUUUUGUUUUCUGCUUUCUUUGUUUUUAGGAUUUUAAGUGCAAUAUUGGAUUAACACAGAUAAGAUGGUGAGGCCUGCUUGUUGUGAAAAGCUGCAUUUGAAAAGGGGUCUUUGGACUGAAGAGGAAGAUGCAAAGAUACUCGCGCAUGGGUCGAAGCAUGGAAAUAGUAACUGGACUGCUUUUCCGAAAAAAGCAGGACUUACAAGAUGUGGGAAGAGUUGCAGGCUUAGGUGGACUAAUUACCUGAGGCCUAAUCUCAAGCAUGAGUCCUUCGCACCCCAUGAGGAGGAAUUGAUUGUCAGGCUUCAUGCAACCAUAGGCAGCAGGUGGCCUAUAAUAGCUCAGCAACUUCCUGGGAGGACAGACAAAGAUGUAAAGAACUACUGGAACACUAAGCUGAAAAAGAAGCUCUCAGAAAUGGGAAUUGAUCAUGUUACUCAUAAGCCCUUCUCUCAAAUCUUAGCGGACUAUGGAAACAUCGGUGGCCUCCCGAAAGCUGGAAUGAGAAUGGCAAUAGGUUCUCUCAACAAAGACUUGAAGAAUGCAAUCCUGAUGAAGCCAGAAUUACCAUAUUCAUUGUCAACACAAGGAUUUUCCAAUAUCAACAGCCAUUUGAUGCCAAUGACAAUGAUACCAAUCAAAAUGGAACCAAUUCAAGACAGUUUCUUGAGCAACGCUCAAUCUAGCAACCAACCCUUUGAUCUUCUUACACAGCUGCAGGCCAUAAGAUUGGUGACAGAUGCCUCAAACUCAACCAACCUUGAAUCUUCCCCUCCCAAUUUGUACAUUCAUGAAGGCACAUUGUCAUCAUCACCAUCAUCUUCUACUUGUUCAUCUGCUGCGCAAGAGCAGGCAACCCUGCAGGCCUUUAGCUGGAGCGAUUUUCUCCUUGAAGACGCGUUUUUUCCAACCAGUGAUGCUCAAGAACACGAGGAUAAGGCUGAACAUUCGUCGAUGGAAAUGUUGAACCAAUCGAAAGCAGCAAUACCACAAAGCCAAAUUGAAGACCAAGCUGGUAUGCAAAAAUAUAAUGAAGUUGAGGCUACAUCUCCAUGUGACAGUUCAUUUGUGGAGGCCAUGGUCGCAAGAGAGAAUGAGAUGUUCUUGGAGUUUCCCCAACUUAUGGAAGAACCAUUCUACUACUGAGUUUACAUUUUACUCCAGAAUUUAUGCCACUGUUUUUAAUAAGAUUUUCUAUAUAAUUAAGCUGUGAGAAUAAGAACCUGA